UUGAAGGGAAAUCUAGGGUCCCUAGCAGUGGCAUCACGUCGUAAACGACAAAUCUCUCCUUCCGGAUUCACUUUUCUGUAUUUACAAAUUUCACUUUUUUUAUAAAAUCAUCAGUUGCUUCUCGAAGUUUCAUCAGCUGAUUGCUGAGUUGUUCGAGUGAUAUUUCAUCAGUGAAAUUGAAGGGUAGAAAUGGGGAGCCAAGUGGUGAUAACUGCUACAGCCCGGCAUACCGCAACAUUGAUAUUUUUUCAUGGCCUCGGGGACACAGGGCAUGGAUGGGCUAGUACAAUGGGAUCUGUUCGAUCUCCACAUAUGAAAGUCAUCUGUCCCACUGCAGCCACAAUGCCCGUCACUUUGAAUGCUGGAUUUCGAAUGCCUUCUUGGUUUGAUCUUCGAUCCCUGGAUGCCACUGGCCCCGAGGAUGAGGAAGGAAUAAGGAGAGCAGCUGAGACUGUCCAUACACUAAUCGCGGCGGAAGUCGCUGCUGGAAUUCCAACGCAACGAAUUGUCAUCGGGGGAUUUAGUCAGGGUGGUGCACUAGCUCUGUACAGUGCUCUCACAUUUCCGGAGCCCCUUGCAGGGGUGGUGGCUUUAUCUGCCUGGCUUCCUCUCCAUCAGAAAUUCCCAGCUAAUGCUGUGGGCAACAAAAAUACUCCAGUACUCCAGUGUCAUGGGGAUUGCGAUCCCAUCGUACCGUACAAAUGGGGACAGAUGACAUCAUCUCUCCUGAAGCAAUUCAUGACCCAAACCGAAUUCAAAACCUACCGGGGAAUGAUGCAUGGCUCCUCCGACGAAGAAAUGCGCGAUAUGAAGGCGUUCAUCCAGAAAGUCGUCAAACCAUAAUGUACAUGAAUAUUUAUACCAAGUACCUAUUGAACAUCAGCUGUAAUUAUCUUUAGACAUAAUUAAUAGCAUUCAGCUAAACCAACAGCAAAGAAAAACAAUAAUAAUAAAUAUAGUGAUAACGAAAAAUUAGUACUGAGAUGUGAAAAUAAAAUCGAUUGCGAGGGGAUUGAGGGGAUCAUUUGAAUUGUGAUUUAAGGGGAUUUAAAAUAUUGUACAAUCAGUAUAAUCUCGCACGAGACUGCGGGAGUACGAAUUAUCCUUUAUUUAUACUGUAUAUAUCAUUUUGGAAAGAUAAUCGACUCAGUGCUUUUAUCCUAGUAAAAAUAUUUGCAGGAUUUAACGGCGUAAUUAGUUCCAUACGAUAAUACAAACAUUGAAACAUAUUUUAACUAGCACUUUGGCUUCCUACGAAUACAUAAUUCAGUCUACAGUUGUCUAUUCGAAAAUUCAGUUCAUCGAAGUCUUCGAUAUACCUGGAAUAAUGAGAUUUGUAUUUUUCGCAUUUUUCGUUGGAUUCUCUCUUGUACAUUUUUAGAUAAGUCUAAUUAUCCGAGAACUAUUUAUCAUGUAUCUUUAUAUUUACGAUGAAUACUCUGUCUUCGAGAGAAUUUCAAUAAAUAGGGGAUUGAAUUCGUGGUUUAA